AGACAUGAAGGACCUUUUGGGUGUUUCAAACAUUUGCUUUUUAUGCAUCAAAAAAUAAGUCAAUAAGUUUUGAUAGAUUUGAAUUUGAACAAUUCUAACGGAAAGAUUGUUUAUUGGUUUUAAGUGUUUUUUAAAGGCUUAAUGGAGUCAUCAUAGACUUUAUUGAAAAUAUUUUAAACAGUUUAUGUGUGAAAAAACUACAAAUUGGACAUAAUUAUCAGCUAUAAACCUACAGUUUGUGGAGAGUUAAAAGUUUAAUUUUAAUUUUACUGCUAGAGUUUAUCUUUAUUGCCUGCGUUGUUGGAAUAAUGAUAUUUUCAACAAAAGUUGGGUGUGCGAGUGUAUCCAUUUGAAUUGCGAUUAUCAGUGGCUGAUACCAGUCUGUGGACUAAUACUGCUGUGUGAAAUAAUUCAUCCUUAGUCAGGAUUGGAGGGAAAUGAAAGUUAUUGAAAGUCCUCAAGGAAUCCCUGGAUUGCAUGAAAAUGGAAUGUUAAGUAUUGUGUUUGUGUUAUUGCUUCAGUUGAUUCAGAAAUGAUUGAAUGAGCGAUUUAUGUUAAUGAUUGAUUGAAUAUUACUAAUUCCACAACAAACAAUUGGCAGAACCAGCAUUGUGUUCAUGGUUUGCCAGUGGUUCAGGUCAUCUAUUGAUUCUGUUUGGAUUUUGGAUAUAAUCUUGUAAUCUCAAAGCUAAUAUUGUUCUAGCACAGAUGAAAGAAUGAAUACAUUUAUGAGCUUAAGUGACAGCUAAGUAUGGAUUGUCUUAUAACAUUUGAAAGUGUUAUACAGUAGCCACAAAAUUGUUAUAACACUUGAGCUUGGAUUUACAUCAUUUGUUACCUACAACGAAAAGGAGUAAUCAUUAUAAGAACUUUGUGAUAAAAGCAACACGGAUAAAAUAUAACUAUUUCUCAGAUCCCUGAUGUUGCUGUACGUGCAGAAUGAGCAUGCGUCCUGGUUGUCAUGGUAACGAGAUGACGUUGAAAGAGCACCUGCCCUCCCAGGAACAGAUCAACCAAUCUCUGCUACAAGUGUUUGAAAUCAACAUUGAUGACUUCCCUAUCACUGAUAACAACAGUGUGGACUGCCCAGAGCCGGAGCUUGUACAGUUUUGAAGACUUUGUUUCCACUGGUCAGCCCCGCUGCCCGGUCGAGUCAAGGUCAUCCUUCAUGAGCCCUGCCAGGCCCCUCACAGGCCAUGCUGCAUACAGUAACCAAGGCAAUGAGAGUGGAAACAUCAUGUAUCUCCUUGAUGAUGACAAUGGCAAAAAGGAACUACAUCGAUCAAAGACCCUACCAAUCAUCCGCACUCCUAAGGUAUCGAUCAGCGAAACGUCCCCGCCAGGGAAGGAAAAACAGCUGUCGAGAAAACAGUCGGUUCCCGUCCUGAGCUUUCUUAAGAGGGGGAAAACCAGUCAAGAUGUCACGAACAACGCAAGGCACUUCCUGCGCAGUAAGAGCUGUGAGCGACGGAAGAGCACGGGUGUCAUACAGAAACUGUCACCUUCUAACAUGCGAGGGUCUGCAUGGAACUUUGAUGAUGACACAGAUUCUACUGCCUCAUCAGAAAACAUGACCACCGGCUCCGAUGAUGUGUCUGUGCACAAAAGCCCCACCCCUCUCUACUACACAACGCCGCCUAAAGCUAACAUCACAAGGAGUUCAGAGGAGAGGAAGAGUUCCAAGCGGCCUAGCAGUCACCACUCGGACCCUUCGAAUCUCAAUCUCCGGGGACGCUCUGUUAGUCUUGAUUGUGGUGAUGGGAGGAUGAUGAAGCUGUAUGGGUCGGACACUGAAAGCCAGCAGGGGAGCCCGAGAGCCCAACAGACCCUCCGGGCGUCGCCCAGCGACCCGGGGUUCCUCCUCCGCAAUGGCUAUCCCUCUCUCGCCAGGCCACCCAGAACACCGUUGUCAACCCCGAAGAAGCGUUCCUCUCUUGUGAGCACAGACACGGGAAGUUCUUCCCCAGGCAAGCAGGAACGGAAACGUUUAAGCAAGGAAUGCAGAACAUACGACAUUAUAGCGCUGUUUGAUGCAGUCGAGAAUCAGGACCUCGACGCCGUGAAGGACAUUCUGGAAACCAACGGCAUCGAUAUCAACAGUGUGAACAGUGAAUUUCUGACGCCCCUUGAUGUUGCUGUGAUGACCAACAACAUUCCGAUGGCCAAGAUGCUGCUGUCCCAUGGAGCGCGCGAGUCCCCCAUGUUUCAAAAGGGUGAGGGUCGGUCACAAAGACUGGACACACUUGUGUCAGAAGCUGAAAAGAGGGUCGUUGAUUUGACACAGGCAGUGAUCAAUGGAGCGUCUGGAAAUAGUGCAAUAUCAUCCAACACACAUAGAGAGUAUGAGAAACAGUUGAACCAUUGGGAGUUUCGCCAUCGACUCCUCAAGCGCAUGAAAGCAGGCUAUGACCAUGCACGUUGCCCAGACCCACCCACUAACGUGUCUCUGAGCAUCUCGGGCAGUACCUCCCUCGCCAUCAAGUUUAGUGAACCACUCAACAGGAAUGGCGCUGUUGUCACCAAAUACAAAGUUGAGUGGAGUUUGGUCGACAGUUUCACACCUGUGGAAGGGGAGAUAAUGCUGGAUGAUGUACGAAACCUGGAGGUCGAGAUCAAGCAUUUAAAGAAGGGCACACCAUACUACGUCCGUGUGUAUGCCAUGAACAUGAAGGGAUUCAGUGCCCCGGCCACAUCAAACCCCCUGUAUGGAAUACCUUCAAGUUGGCGUGAUGUGGACAACACACCGCCACGCUCGUACGGAAAACUGAAGAUUCUGGAAGAGCUAUUUACGCAGGUGAAAAGCUUGCGCCCUGCAGACGCCCCCUUGAUCAAGGACACUCCGGGAUCAUCAUCACCAGUACGCAAGAAGAAGGGAUUCAAGAACCUCUUCUCAUCAGCACCAAAGUUCCAAAAAUCUGUUAAAAGGGGCGUGUACCUGGCGUGUUAUUUUUGUUAUGAUGACAAAGUGUUGGUGACGUCAGAGGAGCAGGUGCCCAUCAUAGAGGUGGACGAGACCUACCCUGGACCCACCAUACACCUGGACCUAUACUGGCUAAUGAAGGUUGCAUGUACAUGGGAGGAUGUGAAGUCACUGCGUGCUGACAUGGAGCGGAGUACAGCCGAGGGCAAGGUCCAUUUCCGCGGCAAGCUCCUCCAGGCUGUUGCUACACUACAGAAUGCACUAGGCACACACGAUCUAGGCCAAUUCUACUUCAAGCCUUUACGGGAUUCCAGUGGAAGUAUUGUGCUGGCCACUGUCAAUUUUAUUAAUGACCCAAAAUUGGUGUCGCUAACAUCGAGCAAGUGGAUCCCGUUGUCACGGCUACAGCGACGUCAGAGUCAGUCCAUGGGUGAACUCAUGGAGGAGCAGGACACAGUUACAUCUUCCAUAAAUGACAUGCGUGUGUACCACCGCACCAGUUCUAUGCCACUGCGACCUGGUCUGUAUCUUGGUUACCUGAAACUUCACGUUGCUGUUGACGUGAUACGAGUGAUGGUCUGUCAGGCUGCUCCAAAUGUUCUUCCCAACAUUAAAGUGCGAGACUGUGCAAACAUCUCUGUCGAUGAAUGGCACUGGUUGAAGACCCUCCACAAGGACAAACAGCGGGGCUCAUCCCUGCACCCUAGUCAACAAACAUUCUAUGACGCCCUUGCUAAGGCUUCAGACAAACUCUUCAAAAUGCUAGGUAUUGAAGAGAGUCAGUCGCUAGCCCAUCGUCUGUACAACUACGAGGUGAUCGAGCUGAACCAGCACGUGUCCUUCUUACUGAUGUUGCCACCCGCAGAGGACUUGUGUAUCGUGGCAGGACAGCCGGACGAGAUCAUGGAGCGGGACGACUUUACUCUCCUCCCCGUUCAAGUGUUCGAAAUGAUCAACAUGUGUACAUAUCGGCCAUCGUUCAUCAGUCGCUACUGUCGGCUCUCUUCCAUCCUAGAGUUGGACGCAAUACUCGCACAGCAAGUGCAAAGAGAGGCAUUUUCGAAAGAAGAGCUUCAUUCCGCGAAGGAACGUGUUCACGAGCUAUUAAAGCUGCAGAGCGACCUAGACAAGACGUGGAAAGGCAUGCGCUGGACCAUGGACAUCAUCACCCAUGCGCGGUCACGUUCAUUUUUGGGUGGCAUCACCGUCAAAUCCCUUCUCUCACCAGGAACAGAGCGCGAUCUGUCUUUCGACAUGGAGCAUAAAGGAAGAAUACUCGACAACAACAAUCACCAACAGUGUAACUCCAAUGCAUGUGACUCAAAUGAGAUAAGUGUUGGUAAAGACAAUAGAAAGAUUGCAAAGUUUUAUGAUCCCAAUGAUGAUGUUUCAAAUGACAAUGGGCAUCUAGAAACACAUUCAGAAAUCUCUAGUCACUCGGAACAUUCUGGGAUUUUACGGGUGUAUGCAGCUUAUGAUACCGGUCUUGCAAAAGGAACGAGUGUAAAAUUGCAUGUGACUCCAAAAACUAGUGCACGAGAAGUGAUUAACUUAGUUGUGCUGAAUUUGAAUCAAGCUGUGAUAAAUAAAGGCAAACCGUGCCCUAUAUAUAGUGAGGACCAGUUUAAUGAUUUCUGCCUUGUGGCAGUGAUUGGGGCGCGAGAGAGGAUAUUACGUGACGACUAUCAACCACUACAGCUUCAGAACCCGUGGACAAGGGGCAAGCUGUAUGUGCGGAUGAGGAAUAAUCUGUUGGCUGCAAUACAGCAUGGGCAGGCUACAACCGUGUAACACAUUGCGACUGACGCAAGUAGUGAAGGCCAAAAUCUGACAUUUGCCACACAGAUAUUGAAUGGAAGAGAGCAUUUUAAGACAUGUGAAAGUUCUAUAACAGUUGGAUUAAAAAGUGUAUAUGAAGUAACUGAAAACUUUUCCAGUAGAAGCAUUACUGUAAUCUGUCUCAAACUUGCCAGUCAUAUAAUUCCAGGUUUUAUUUUACGCAAAUUGCUGUCAUUCAUUAAGUAGUCAUCUGUCAUAAAAUACUAAUUUCCAAUAACAUGCUCAUUAUGACAUUAUAUUACUUGAAAUAUUUAUAAUUGUAGAAGGCUAGACUCUUCCAUUAAAAGUCAUAGUGAUUUACAUUAACCAAUUAUUAUCAUUCUAUUAACACUGAAGCAAGGAGUGUUCUAUAACCAGGGUUACUUUCUUGAUUAUGGCCUCUCAGAAUGGACACCAGCAGGCCCCAAUUUCUCAAACUUCUUAAGCUAAACAGGCUUAAGAAGUUUAUUUCAAUUAGCCAAAAUACAUACUUAAAUUGAAUUUUGAUAAUUGAAAAAUGGUUUAUUGUGAUUAUUGUAAAGAUAAUUCCUAUCUUAAGUAUAAAAACUCUUAAAGAAGUAAACAUUACGCAAAUUAUUGAAAAACAAAAAUAGUGAUUAAGCUUAAUCCUGUUAUGAGGGACUUAAGAAGUUUCGAGAAAUUGGGGCCAGUACUGGUUUCUACCCAGGAAACGGAUUCAAGCAUGAUCUAUAAGCUAUCAGCUUUCAUCACAGGCAACCAAAGGAAGUAAAUAUAAACUUCACUCUUAGCGAUAUUGCAAAACUGUACUUUCUUUUCAUACUUAAAACAUCCAUAUAAAUAGUUUUGUACAUAACCAUUUGACUAAUUUAUUAUUGUGUUCAGUAAACCCCAGUGCAAUUUCUUCUAUGUAAAUCACAAACAUCACCCCAUUCUCACUAGUGUUUGUUCUGUGAAUGCAUUUACUAGCAACGACUUAUCAACACAUUAAAUCAAAUUUUAUCCAUCAAAUAUCAUUAGUGAUCGUAUUCACUAGUUCUGCUGCCAGUGUAAUUGAUGAAGUGGUUUUGCAUUUUCAUAAAUUGAAUGGUAAUUGACCAAAGUUAUUGAAAAAUCAAUGUUUGCCUUCAACGGAAUAGUUGGAUAAUUACCAAUCAAAACAUUCAAAACAUUGAUCAUUUGAUAAGAAUAUUUUAAAUGUUUUGUCAAAGCGGGCAGUUUUUGGCAGAGAUUCACCAUUUGUUUUCUUGAUCUCUAACGCAUGUGUAACAAUGAGACAUUCCUUCCCCAGCUUGUUUUGUAUAUUUGUUAUUUGUUAUACAUGAUCCAUGUGAUAUUGUUAUUGCGCAGCAUUGUAGUUAGUGAUUUUCAUUCCCAGUUUGGAAGAUUUUAAUUAUGAUUUGAACAUCACAAUUUGUUUACUAUAAUAGAGACAUUAUUUAUAAGACAAAAUUAGUAAACAACUUAAUUUAUAGCUUGUCCGUUUUUUUAUAGAAGAUAUUCCGAUAGCUUUGGUGUUAUUGUCGACGGCAGCACGUAAACUUUGCCAUAACUCAAAAUUGUUCACGAAAUUCAAAUGAAAUUUGGUAUAAUAUUAAAAAAAAGACAAUAUAAAUUAUAAAAUGGUAUAAUUUUGAGGAAGACAAUAUGCACAUGUUAAACAAGGCCCAUAACUCUGGCUUAAAGAAUUGUUGAAAUAUACCCAUUGUUUGACUGGAAUGAAAUAGAUGAGCUUUUGUGUUGGCUCUACAGCACUCUUUUUGGUUUAUGGGUAUUUGAAAUAUUUUCUAUACUUAAAUAAUACAACAAGAACUCGGACAUUGUUUAGUAUGAAUAAUUGUUUUAACAGAUAAACAGAAUUCGACUUUUUAUCUUUAUUUUAAUGAAUUAGCAACAUAUUAUAUGAAAACCAAAUCACAAAAAAGAAAUUGGCUUCAUUUAUGUAUUUAUUUCUGUAUUUGUUAGUUUCCUGCAUUGGAAUCAUUCUGUAAGUAGAUGGAAUAUUUUUUGAGAUUUGUCAAAUUGUUAUCUGAUGUUAAAUAGUAGCUAGAUUUUACUAUGUUUUUUAUUUCUGAGAGCUGAUAUUUUAACAACAAUACCAUGGCUUAUAAGGUGUAGAAUUACUGUGAGUUAGAUUUAAGUAUAUUUUUUGUUUGUAUCCAGAAUAAUUGAUAACAUUCUUACAUGAGGACUAGAUCAUUUACAUCCUAGUUUUAAUGUCUAAAUAUCUCACUAGUAUGAACAUCAUGUAGUUAAGGCUGGCCUAGUAUGGUAGUUUUACAUCAUGAAAUAAAAGAAUGAAAUAUUA